AUGGAGACAAGCCCGAAGAGAAAAAACAAACACUCUGUGAAACCAUCGCAUAAUAAAACUAAACCAGCCAAGACUAAUUCCCAUUUCUGGAAGGUUUAUGCUUUCUUCAGAUCAAACCUUAUUGUAACCACAUUGAUAUUAGUACUGUUGUUGGCAUUUGUUCUAAAAUAUUACGAAGAUGUGCACGAUUCGUAUAGCAACUUUAAGAAAAUGGAUGAAAACAUUUACGAAAUCCUCGAGGUGUCGAGGGACGCUAAGGAUUCUGAAAUUAAGGCUAAAUAUCGUGAAUUGUCAUUAAAAUGGCAUCCUGAUAAGAAUAAAGAUUGCGUAGAAUGUGAAAAACGUUUUUUGAAAAUUAAAGAGGCAUAUAAGAUUAUACUUAACCCAUAUCUGCGUGAAUUAUAUGACAAAACAAGCGGAUAUACAGUUGAUGUUAUACCCUCAAAAACAGUUAACUUGACCCUCUCAAAUUAUCCAGAGCUAGUUGGACCCGACGUCUGGGUGGUACAAAUAUACUCAGAUGAUAACGCUCGUUGCAAGGCUUUUUCAGCACUUUGGGAUGAAUUUGCGACAAAAUAUCAAAAAUUCGCUAAAUUCGGAAGAAUUAAUGUCUUUUUAGAACAGAAACUACUGAAGAAACUAAAUGUCAACCCUAAAAUUCAUCCAGCAUUACUAAUGCUACAUAAUAAUAAAUACGAUCUAUUUCCCAAUGAUGUAUUGAAUAAUUUGAACGUGUUGAGCGGUUAUUUUGUAAAGAAUUACCCAUUCACCUGCAACCACGUUAAAAGUUAUAAAGAAUUUAAAGCCGUAAAUAAAAAGAAUAAACUGCUAUUAUAUAAUAAAAGGGUUGGAAUUAAUUCAGAUGUUCCAUUGAAUUUAAAGUACCUGUGCAUGAGAUUCAACAAGGUCCUUCCCAUGUAUUACACAAGUAGUGAUGUGAAGGAGGAAGUGGCACAAGAAGUUGUGAAUACAGACGCAAAACAAAAACUCACUGACUCAAAAAAUACACUAUUUGUAGGCUUUUAUGACAAUAAUGAGCUGAAGUACAUGGUGAACAACAGUACAAGUAAUUUGACUAAACUGGAAAAAUUAUUUUACACACUAUUUACCCUGAAUGUUUUUGAAAUGGACUCUGAUUUGAACGUACUGUGCAGUAGAUAUAAUAUAAAGGAGCGAUUGUGUGUCUUUACAACGAGUGAGGACCUGGAUUUGCACGAAAUGUACAAGAAUUAUGAAAUGUACAACGAAGUGGAGAAGAACGCUGAGCCAGUUGUAGCUGAAGAAAAUGAGAAGGUUGAGGUAGAGGAAGUUGAGACAGAUGGAACAGUAAAACCCAAGAAAACGGAAGAGCCAAACCAAUUGCUGUCGAACAGAGAUUUGCAAUUUGUAAAGGUUGACCACAAACACAAGUCAGAACUGGGUACUGGUAAGAACUCAGUGAUGCUUGUUAAUUUACACAAAAAUUCAUACUUCCUACUGGGGGAUUUUGAUGAAGCUUUGGCCUCUAAGCUCUUGAAUGACGAGGUUGAUAUAACUUGGACUAAACUACCAAGCAAACUCCAUGCGCUAUUUUUCUCCAAGAGUAAAUUUUACGAUUUUUUAAAUGCUCUAAAGGCGAAAUUAAUGUAA